CUUUCCGUCUGCGUGGCGGAAGGGCCGGCGCUUUGCGACACCGGCGCGCGCGCGGUGGUGCGGCGGUCAUGGCGUCGCCCUUUAGCGGGACUCUGCAGCUGACGGAUCUGGACGACUUCAUCGGGCCGUCCCAGGAGUGCAUCAAGCCAGUGAAGGUGGACAGAAAGCCGGGAAGUGGUGGCGUGGCCAAGAUCCACAUUGAAGAUGACGGAACUUACUUCCAAGUCAGUCAGGACGGAGGGGCACAGAAGCUGGAGAAGGCCAAGGUCUCCCUGGAUGACUGCCUGGCGUGCAGUGGCUGCGUCACCUCGGCAGAAACUGUGCUUAUCACUCAGCAGAGUCAUGGGGAGCUGCGGAAGGUUCUAGAUGCUAACAAGACAGCGGCGGCAGGUCAGCAGAGGCUGGUUGUGGUUUCUGUCUCACCUCAGUCCAGGGCAUCUCUGGCGGCUAGGUUCCAAAUUGAUCCCACGGACACUGCCGGGAAGCUGACGGCCUUCUUCAAGAAGCUAGGGGCGCACCGUGUGUUCGACACCGCCUUCUCCAGGAACUUCAGCCUCCUUGAGAGCCAGCGGGAGUUUGUGCGGCGCUUCCGGGAACAGGCCCGUGGCGGGGAGGCCCUGCCCGUGCUGACCUCUGCCUGCCCAGGCUGGAUAUGCUAUGCAGAGAAGGCCCAUGGCAGCGUCCUGGUCCCUCACAUCAGCACCGCCCGGUCACCACAGCAGGUCAUGGGCUCCCUGGUCAAGGACUUCUUUGCACAGCAGCAGGGUCUGAGCCCCGACAAGAUCUACCACGUGACUGUGAUGCCAUGCUACGACAAGAAGCUGGAGGCAUCUCGGCCCGACUUCUUCAUCCAGGAGCACCAGACACGUGAGGUGGACUGUGUGCUCACAACGGGAGAGGUCUUCAAGCUGCUGGAAGAAGAGGGGGUCUCGCUGCCUGCUCUGGAGCCAGCUCCUCUGGACAGUCUGUGUGACAGCAAGGGGGCCCAGGAACCCACAAGCCAUCGAGGCGGGGGCUCUGGGGGGUACUUGGAGCACGUGUUCCGGCAUGCAGCCCGGGAGCUCUUUGGGAUCCAUGUGGAUGAGGUCACCUACAGACCCCUGAGGAACAAGGACUUCCAGGAAGUGACACUGGAGCAUGAGGGCCAGGUGUUGUUGCGCUUCGCCGCAGCCUAUGGCUUCCGCAACAUCCAGAACCUGGUGCAGAAGCUCAAGCGAGGCCGCUGUCCCUACCAUUAUGUGGAGGUCAUGGCCUGCCCUGCAGGCUGCCUAAACGGUGGGGGCCAGCUGCAGGUGCCUGACGUGCCAAGCAGGGAGUUGCUGCAGCGUGUGGAGGGGCUGUACUUGGCGGUGAGGACGGAGGCCCCCGAGGACGUGCCAGGCGUCCAGGAGCUGUACGAGCGCUGGCUACAGGGUACAGGCUCGGAGCAGGCUAUCCGCCUGCUGCACACCCACUACCAUGCACUGGAGAAGGCCAGCUCUAGCCUCAGCAUCCGCUGGUAGACCUGCGGUGGCCCAGGACCCAGACUAACCCACCUGCAAGCAGGCCUGGAUGAUUGCAGGCCUGUGCUCUGGGAGGCUGUGGGCAGCAGCUCUCAGCAGAUACUUCAGACCAAGAAGUGGGGAUCCUCACCCCCAAUCCUAGGAUUGGCUUGAAGUCCUGCUUGGGGGCAGUACCUGGCCCCACCGCCCCCCAGGAUAGGACAUGCCCUGAAGUACCUUUGGUAGAGCCCUGGCCUCAGUGCCAGAACUGUUCUCUGGACUGAGCUUGGGGAAAGAAGUGGCUCCUUGGGCUCUAGGCUCCUGGCUGAUUGCAGCUCUCGGGAGUCAGGAAACCCUGGAUGCCCACCCCGCUAAUAAAGGCCCUGCCUCCUGA